GUGGUUGAUCUGUUAGUAUCUAUGUGUCGAUCUGCAUUAGAGUCACCUAGGAAAGUCGUCAUUUUUGAGCCAUAUCCUUCUGUAGUUGAUCCUAAUGAUCCUCAGAUGCUGGCCUUCAACCCCAGAAAGAAGAAUUAUGACCGAGUCAUGAAAGCGUUGGAUAGUAUUACUUCUAUUAGAGAGAUGACACAGGCACCUUACUUGGAAAUAAAGAAGCAGAUGGAUAAACAAGACCCACUUGCACAUCCUCUUCUACAAUGGGUUAUUUCUAGUAAUAGAUCACAUAUUGUGAAGCUACCGGUUAAUCGGCAACUAAAGUUUAUGCACACUCCCCACCAGUUCCUACUUCUCAGCAGUCCACCAGCCAAAGAAUCCAAUUUCCGAGCUGCUAAAAAUCUCUACGGUAGUACCUUUGCAUUUCAUGGUUCACACAUUGAAAAUUGGCAUUCCAUCCUGAGGAACGGCUUAGUUGUUGCUUCCAAUACGAGGCUGCAGCUCCAUGGUGCAAUGUUUGGAAGUGGAAUCUACCUUAGUCCAUUGUCAAGCAUAUCAUUUGGUUACUCAGGGAUGAACAAGAAGCAGCAGAAGGUGUCAGCUAAAGAUGAACCAGCUUCAGGCAGUAAGGGCAGUAAUACAUCACAGUUACAGAAGAAAGGACAACAGUCACAAUUUCUGCAAAGCCGUAACUUAAAAUGCAUAGCCUUAUGUGAAG